AACGUUUGACAAUUCUUGUUACAGGGUCAGCAACAGUCAGGAGGACAGGGAGGUCAAGGGGACAAGAAAGAUGACAAGGAAAAGAAAAGGAAGUAUGAGCCACCUAUUCCAACUCGUGUUGGUAAAAAGAAGAAGAAGAUGAAGGGACCAGAUACAGCCAGCAAACUCCCACAAGUCACACCACACACAAGAUGUCGACUGAAGUUAUUAAAACUAGAAAGAAUAAAAGAUUAUUUACUGAUGGAGGAAGAAUUUAUCCAGAAUCAAGAAAGACUGAAACCUCAGGAAGAAAAACAAGAGGAAGAGAGAACUAAAGUUGAUGAGUUGAGAGGAUCACCAAUGUCUGUAGGAUCUUUAGAAGAAAUCAUUGAUGAUAAUCAUGCUAUUGUCUCCACAUCUGUGGGUAGUGAACAUUAUGUCAGUAUUCUGUCCUUUGUUGAUAAAGACCAAUUAGAACCUGGAUGUUCUGUCCUAUUAAAUCACAAGGUGCAUGCUGUGGUUGGUGUCUUAGGAGAUGAUACAGAUCCUAUGGUAACUGUAAUGAAAUUAGAAAAAGCUCCACAGGAAACUUACGCUGAUAUUGGAGGUCUUGAUCAACAAAUUCAAGAAAUCAAGGAAUCAGUGGAGUUACCUCUCACACACCCAGAAUAUUAUGAAGAAAUGGGGAUUAAACCUCCUAAAGGUGUUAUAUUAUAUGGUCCACCUGGUACAGGUAAAACUCUGUUAGCUAAAGCAGUGGCCAACCAAACAUCAGCAACAUUUUUAAGAGUUGUAGGAUCUGAGUUAAUACAAAAAUAUUUGGGAGAUGGUCCAAAACUUGUGAGAGAAUUAUUUCGUGUGGCAGAAGAACAUGCUCCCUCAAUUGUAUUUAUAGAUGAAAUAGACGCUGUUGGUACCAAAAGGUAUGAAUCAAAUUCUGGAGGAGAGAGAGAAAUCCAGAGAACUAUGUUAGAACUGUUAAAUCAGCUGGAUGGUUUUGAUUCUAGGGGUGAUGUUAAAGUUGUUAUGGCAACAAAUCGAAUAGAAACAUUAGAUCCAGCUCUUAUUAGACCUGGAAGAAUAGACAGAAAAAUUGAGUUUCCUCUGCCAGAUGAGAAAACCAAAAGGCGAAUCUUUAAUAUACAUACCAGCAGAAUGACAUUAGCAGAGAAUGUAAACAUUGAUGACUAUGUCAUGGCAAAAGAUGAUCUCUCAGGUGCAGAUAUUAAGGCUAUUUGUACAGAAGCAGGGUUACUAGCUUUGAGAGAAAGAAGAAUGAAAGUAACAACUGAGGACUUCAAACAGGCUAAGGAAAAUGUACUCUACAGAAAGACAGAGGGAACACCAGAGGGACUUUAUUUAUAGUGACAAAAAAACUUAUUUCACGUUGUUUCUUGUAAAUUAAAAUUUAUAAAUGAUUUAAA